GGAGACGGUUCUCUGCGCGUUUUUUUGGUUAUGCCGCGCCAAGCCCAGGGACCAGGUCCCACUUGCAAUCUCGGUACAAUCCAUAGAUUACGAAGACGAAGAUUCACGGCCCGUAUCUCUGCAUCCGUGCAAUGUACGUGGGGCCUCACCCCGCCCCCCCCCCCCCCCGCCCCGCCCCGCCCAAGCCCCGCCCAAGCCCCGCUCAUUGUGGAACAGCUGGCGAUCCAUUCCCUCGUGUGUGAGCGUGGAGAAAAGCAACCCCCGGCCGUAGAGCGGGCAGUUCGUGAAUGAGGAGGGCGGGGUUGAUUGAGUGAUUAGACGGGGCGAUUGGACGUACUUGAUUGGCUUGAGAGUACGGUAUUCGAGGAGAGGAGCUAUCAAUCAAGCAGGUAAUCAUGUCGAUCGUUGCAAGGAGCCUGCGCGCGGCUGCGCGGACUCGAGCCACAGCGGCGGGGUCCAAACUGGCGGAAGCUUCUUCCCGCCAGGGAAGGCGGACUUUCUCUGCUGCUGCCGCGGGACACUCUGACGAAGACCUCGCCCGUGAUGUCGCCACGUGGCGCAGGGUUACCGCAUUCGCCGCGGUGUUCUGCGCAGGCUUUGCCGUCUAUACUCUGUAUGGCGCGAGUGCUCAUCAUUCCCAUAAGGACAAGCCGGCUUACGAGUACUUGCACGUCAGGAACAAGGAGUUCCCUUGGGGACCUUGCGGCUUGUUCGAGUUAGAUUGCAAACGGAGUCUCAAGGAGCAGCAGUAGCCCGAACGGCAGCAAAAGGAGACUCGAGCGGGAGGAGUGGCAAACGGUAACGAUAACGGCCGAGAAGAGUGCCUGACGGAAAGUCGAGGGGGAUCCUAAAAAGCUAAGAACAUGAGUUCCGGGUUCCCUCUCUCUCUGUCUCUCUCUCUCUCUCUCUCUCUCUCGCCCUCCCUCUCUCUCUCUUCUCUCUUUGUUUUCCGCCCCGCACUUUGGCCGCACCGAUUGGCAGUCACUCGUUCUCUCUCUCUCUCCCUCUCCACUUCCUCUUUCCUCGUCCUGCCAGCGUCCGUCGUUGCUUCUACUUUGGCUCAUUCCCUUCGAGGAAGCCCUGGGUUUCAAGUCUUUUGAUGUAAUUAGCGGUAUCCGCAAAGACAGUCAAAUUCUUGUUUUUUGAAUUGUGUGUGUAAGCUUCAUCCCUCUGCUGCUGUCAGCAAGCUCCUAACCUCUUAUUGAGGACAUUCAUGCGUUCAUGCGGGGAGCCGGUUGUGGGGGAGAAGAGGGAGGAGGGGGGAGGGAUAAGGGGAAUGUUGGGUUGAUCUUGUCCGCUUUUCUCUAUGGCAAUGUUGACGCGAUGACCUCGUAUGUUUGCGGACGGCCGUGGACGCUGGCGAAACCCACAGAGAGAGAGAGAGAGAGAGAGAGAGAGAGAGAGAGAGAGAGAGAGAGAGAGAGAGAGAGAGAGAGAGAGAGAG